AUGACCAACAAAAGUGCCGAAUUGUCUCAGGGAACUACCGGGGCCACUAUUCCCCUCCCUUCUACACCCCGGCCUCGCCCACCUGAGCAUCAAUUUCCACCGCGAGAGGUUCAGCAAAAUCGCGCCGGAAACACGAAUACGAUUUUCAAGAGUGGGCCACUUUUCAUAUCUUCUAAAGGAAUUGGAUGGACAUCUUGGAAGAAAAGGUGGUUUAUUUUGACACAAAAUUCACUUGUUUUCUUCAGAAGUGAUCCGAGUGCUGUCCCUCAGAAAGGAAGUGAAGUAAAUUUGACUCUCGGUGGCAUCGACCUAAACAAUUCAGGCAGUGUCAUUGUCAAAGCAGACAAGAAACUUUUGACAGUACAGUUUCCUGAUGCUCAUGAUGGACGAGCAUUCACACUUAAGGCCGAAACUACAGAAGAUUUAUAUGAGUGGAAGACGGCACUUGAGAAUGCUCUAGCACAAGCACCCAGUGCUAACAAUAUGAUGGAGCAAAAUGGUAUCUUCAGGAACAAUUAGAUUAAUUCAAUUGAUAUUUCUAUGGACCAACACAUGUUUCUGGAUAAGGAACCAGUUAAAUCCAUUGUCAUUGGCCGACCAAUUUUACUUGCUCUGGAGGAUGUCGAUGGAACUCCAACAUUUUUGGAGAAAGCCCUAAGAUUCAUAGAAGAAUAUGGAGCCAAUGUAGAAGGGAUCUUGCGACAAGCAGCUGAUGUUGAAGACGUUGAACGACGAGUUCGGGAAUAUGAACAAGGAAAAACUGAGUUUACUGCAAAUGAGGAUGCACAUGUUAUUGGUGAUUGUGUCAAGCAUGUGCUUCGGGAAUUGCCAUCAUCUCCAGUUCCUGCAUCUUGUUGCAAGGCACUGUUAGAAGCUGUUCGCACUGAUCGUACCAGAAGGGUUUCUGCUAUGCGCAUAGCCAUAAAUGACACAUUCCCUGAACCAAAUCGCCGCUUAUUGCAAAGAAUACUCAUGAUGAUGCAAAUUGUUGCUUCCCGCAAAUCUGUGAAUCGAAUGAGCUCCUCAGCUGUGGCAGCUUGCAUGGCACCCUUGCUUCUUCGCCCCCUUCUAGCUGGAGAAUGUGAGAUUGAAAAUGAUUUUGAUGUUGGUGGUGAUGGUUCUAUGCAAUUAUUACAAGCAGCUGCUGCAGCCAACCAUGCUCAAGCAAUUGUUAUAACUCUAUUAGAAGAAUAUAAUAACAUAUUUGGGGUAAUUAUGUUGGCUGAUGGUUGUGGUUCUCCUGGCCCUGAUAUAUACUCUGACUCGGAUGAUUUGGAAUCUGAGAGUGAAGAGGCUACUGAUGAAGACUUGUCCUAUGAUGAAGAAUAUGACGAUGAAGAAGAUGAAUCAGUUCAGGAGUCUGAUGAAGAUGCAGAUGAAGUUGGUAGUGGAUCCGACGGUGAGAAUGGAGAGUCUGAGACCGAUUAUAUAUCUGAGAAGGAUCCUGAACAAUCUAAUUCAAAAACUCAUGGUCUAGAAAAUAAAGCAAAAAAGCAUGGGGAUGCCAAAGGCAGCGAAAGUAUCACAAGUCAAACUAAUACUGCUGAAGCAGUUGGACAAGCUUCUGCUAACCCGAAAAAAGCGCAUGAUUCACCUUCUCCGACCCCAUCUUACAAAAAAUCUGCAACUAUAUCCAAUAGUCCAGAUUCUCGGCGCAACUGUUUGGGUCGUACCUCUGCAAAGAAGAACCUUUCCAUGGAAUCCAUUGAUUUCACUGUUGAUGAUGAUGAGGAAGUCGAAAAGCUUGAAUAUACAAAGAAAGACUUACAAAACCAAAUUGCAGAGGAGACCAAGGCAAAUGAAAAUCUGCAAUCUCAUAUUGACAACAGAAAGAAAUCCUUGCUAGAGCGUCGUAUGGGUCUCGAGCAAGAAGUGAUUAGACUACAGGAACAACUGGUCAAGGUGAAGAAUGCUCGGGCAAAUAAUGAGAUCAGGACAGAGCUCGGGGAAUUAACUCUCAUAGAAAUGGAUCUGGCUAACUUUGAGAACAAGGUUAUUGAACUUGGCAUGCGGCUUAAUGUACAACUCGAGCGCAAAGCUCGAUCUACUUUGACUCAACAGACAUCAAACCAUGAAAGAAAAUCGAAGAGUAAGGUAGAGACUGAAGUUGUGCAGACAUCACAAUUUGAAAGGUCAACGAGCAAGGACACUCAUCUCAGUAAAGCAGAGACUGUCAAUGAGAGGAAGUCAGAGAGCAAACAUCCACCUUCAGAGAGCAAACAUCCACCUUCUGGUUUAAAGAAAUCUGGUUCAAAGGGAGAGGUUCGCCGAAGUCAAGAACUACCGCGCAACCCCGAUAGAGGAAAAGGAUCCGAGCUAAACCAAACACAUCCAUCCCCUGUGCCAAACCAAGAGAAGCCUAGAGGGUUGGACAGUUCCCAGUCACUACAGAUCCCAGAAAGAAGCAGCAGCAAAGGUAAAUCACAUCAAAGUUCUGAGAAAUUAAGAAAAUCAGAUAGUCAGCCAAGCCGGAGUCCAACUCCGAAACACCUGGAAAGAGGAAUAUCGGAAAGCCAUCUCCAUAAUCAGUCUUAUAAUGUGGAUAAGGGUCGAUGAUUAUGAGGCCAGCCAGUUGUUUUGUUAUGCAAUAAAUUCCAGAUAUGUGUCUUAAGCAAUCAGAUUGGCGCAAUAGUCCAUGUUCAUAGGAGAGAAGCAGAGUCCAUUAUAACCGAAAAUGAAGGAUGUGCAAGGCAUAGUUCAACAGUCCCCCAUUGACAUAUAUA